AUGAAAUUUCCACGUCGAAAGGGAUGUGCGUAAGUAGCUGAACCACCUUAUUGAACCACCUUACUGUAGCAGGGGGCGUGGGUGACAUCCGGGAGCCUUUUGUGAUUCUCUCUGGGUUUCUUUUUUUCCUUUCCCCCCUGCAGUGUUGUCGAGUUCAAGAUGGAAGAGAGCAUGAAGAAGGCUGUAGAGGUUCUCAACAAGCACAGCCUCAGCGGGCGGCCCUUGAAAGUGAAGGAGGUGAGCCUGUGGAGGCUGCAGCUGCCUGUCUCUCCCCCUGCUCUGGCUCGCUUCCAUAAGACAGUGUAGUGGAGGGCCCCCCCCCCCAAAAAAAAGAAUCCCAGUGCCACAGGAUAGUUCUUAUAAGGGCUGAGCAACCUGUGUCUGGGCUUUAUCACUUCCCCCUUCCAGGUCUCACAUGAUUCAGUGCUCAUGCCUACAUCGGAAGUCAUCCUACCAGCAUGAAGGUUGAGCACGAAUGCUUCCCUGAUCUCUAGCUUUCUUAGACAGUUGGCUUUCCGGCUGCUCUGCAGGAUGAGAGCUUGCCUAAACCUUUCCCCACUUUUUUCUGUCCUAGGAUCCUGAUGGAGAGCAUGUGAGGAGAGCCGUACAGAAGGCCAUGGCUGCAUCUGGUGGCGGGAUGGGGAUCGGCCCUGGUCCCGGCGGCCCCGGGAUGAUCAACAUCCCUCCCAGCAUCCUCAAUAACCCAAACAUCCCCAACGAGAUCAUUCAUGCCCUGCAGGCAGGCAGGCUUGGGAGCACGGUCUUUGUGGCCAAUGUGAGUGGCCCCUUUGUCUUGCCUUUUUUUAAAAAAAUAUAUAUUUCUAUUAGUUUUAAAAUAUAAAAUUAUAAAACAUACCACACAAUUCAUCACAAAUACCCUCUUAUUAGGCUUCCAUCAGAACCUCUGACAAUCCUCCGUCUUAAUCACUUCUUACACAUUUCCUAACUUAAUAUCGCCUUUACAUUUAUAACACAACUCAUCUCCUUCUUCAUUUUUGCAAUAUUUCUAAUAUUAAUCCUCACAGAGCUUCCUGCAAGCCUACAAACGUCAUCUGGUCAUCACAAAUACUUGUCGAAUAAUCUGUAAAUUUAGUCCAGUCCUCGGUAAACUUCUGGUCCCACCAGUUUCGGAUCCUUCCCGUUAGUUUAUCAAGUUCCGCAUAGUCCAUUAAUUUCAUCCUCCAUUCUUCAAUCGUUGGUAAUUCUUCUUGCUUCCAUUUUUGGGCCAAUAGAAGAGGAAGAAGAGAAGAGUUUGGAUUUGAUAUCCCGCGUUUCACUCCCUUUAAGGAGUCUCAAAGCGGCUAACAUUCUCCUUUCCCUUCCUCCCCCACAACAAACACUCUGUGAGGUGAGUGGGUCUGAGAGACUUCAGAGAAGUGAGACUGGCCCAAGGUCACCCAGCAGCUGCAGGUGGAGGAGCGGAGACGCGAACCCGGUUCACCAGAUUACGAGACUACCGCUCUUAACCACUACACCACACUGGCUCUCGAUAGUAUUCUUGCUGCCGUUACUGCAUAUAAAAAAGCUUGCAUUCCUUUUUAUGUAUAUCAUUUCCAAGAAUUCCCAAGAGAAAUGCUUCUGCUUUCUUUAUUAAUGUAUAUUUCAGCAUUUUUUUCAAUUCGUUAUAUAUCAUCUCCCAGAAGCCUUUCACCUUUUUACAUUCCCACCACCCUUUGUCUUGCCUUUGCUCGUGCGCUGUGUCAUCUGUGUUGUUCCUUAAGGAGCCUGGUGAUUUUGCAGCUUCUUGGGAAAGUUCUAGCCCUGGCGUCAGGGCAGCUGAACAUCUUAACAUGCCUUUGCCUGUAUGAAGCAGGAUAUUUUGAGUGUAUUUUCUUAUCCCUCCUCUGCUUUCCUUCAUGCCCAAAAGGCAGUGUGAUGGUGAGGGUCGUUAGAGGUCUUGCACUGAACCUCCACACCCCUACUGAUAGUGUUUUUUUGUUUUUUGAAAGCAUCUAGCAUUUGCUAAGUGAUGUACGGAGAUGUGAGAGCAUGGCGAUCCCUACCCCUCCCUAAAAGAAAGAAGAGAUGGGGAGGAUAGAGGAAAAAGCAAGCGAACUAUUUAAUCCUACCAGUCAUCUUCUUCUUUUUCCCUUUUUCAUGUUUGGAUCCUUAUGUCUCCAAAACAGCACCACCCACUGUUUGAGAUCCCUGGCUUUGCAAAGUAGAAAAUGCCUUUAGGGAAAACAGAUCAGAGGGAGAAAGAGAGAAACCUAAUGGCAUUCUGACUGACUGGGGGGAAGGAAUGGAGUAUGUUGGAAAGGGACACAUCAGGGUCCCCUUGUUAACAAUAAUAUAUCACCAUGACAAAGUGUGGGAACAGAGAGCUCUUCUGAUUCUCAAAAGCACCAUUGUCCACUCCAUAUAAAAGGCAGGGUGAGGCGUGGGAAGGUGUGUCUUAAUUUUGUGCCCAGGGGACUCUUCCAGCUAACGGGUUAACUUUUAGCUUGGUUAGCUCUUAAUUUAAUGCAGUAAAAAUGCCACUUGAGAGCUGUUCCUUUAUGUCAGGCAUAGGCAAACUGGCCCUCCAGAUGUUUGGGACUACAAUUCCCAUCAUCCCUAGCUAACAGGACCGGUGGUCAGGGAUGAUGGGAAUUGUAGUCCCAAACAUCUGGAGGACCAGAGUUUGCCUAUGCCUGCUUUAUGUGAAACGGGUCUUGUGGGUGGUUUUAACACAGCUGAGCUUCAUGUGUAGGCUGUGUUGUGGUUCAUUCUGCUCAGAGAUAUUUCUGAACGAUAGUGAAAACCCAGCUCUUGAUACUGAGAUACAAGCCGCCCCUCAGGCUGACUCUUAGUCCUAUCUGUGCUUUGUUGGCUUUUCACCUUAAAGGUCACUCUUCUGUCGCUUAAGCACUGUGUUCUUGUUAGCUAUUCUUUUGAGUCGUGCAGAGCGAUGCAGCGGUUUCACCCUCGAAGCCCUAGCGAUGAAGUAGACGCCACACACAAGACUCUGAGGAUCACGCUUUGCUUGCAGGAUGGCGACUAUUAACGAGCAGCAGUAUUUAUGCAUAUCGAGCCGCAUACAGUGGUACCUCUAGAUACGCACACCUCUGGUUGCGUAUCUUUCAGGAUGCGAACGCGGCAAAUUCCGGGUUUUGCCGCAUGCGCAGAAGUGCUCUACACACCGUGCGCAUGCGCAGAAGCGGCACCUCUGGUUGCAAAUCCCUCAGGAUGCGGCUGGAUCUUCGGAACGGAUCCCGUUCGCAGCCGGAGGUACCACUGUACAAUGUGUUUCUCUCCCUUGAGCCCAAGAGAGGGUCUUCUUGCUUCUUCUAAAACUCCUUUGAAGCAGUCCAUAAAUUAUAGCUUCUCUGUCCUCACCAACUCCUUCCGGACACUGUGUCUCCAUGCUCAAGAAAACCACGGCAAAACAACCAGCCAGCCUCCACCCCCUAUCACUACCUCAGAGACACAGAUUGCUCACUUUAACAGGGAGUUGACAAGUGGUCAAGACAACAGAUUCAGCAUUUCUGCGACCUGAAUUGGAGUCGCAGAAUUUGCAGCUGUUACAUUACAUAGGUUUCCUUUUCGCCCGAUGCAAUCUGUUCUUUGUAAAAUACAUUUUCGUACAAACACUAACCCCUUCUCCCUCUCCUCCUUCAGCUGGAUUACAAAGUUGGCUGGAAGAAGCUGAAGGAGGUGUUCAGCAUGGCUGGCGUGGUGGUCCGGGCAGACAUCCUGGAAGACAAAGACGGGAAGAGCCGGGGCAUCGGCACAGUGACUUUUGAGCAGGCUAUUGAAGCUGUUCAGGCCAUUUGUAUCUUUCGCUGGGGCUGGGGGGGUGGGAAGGGUGAUAGCCGAGGAGGGCACAAGUUGCAGAAUUCCUGCACGUACACCCAGGGAAUAAUCUAUGGGCUUUUUGGUGGAGAUGCUGGUGGUUCACCUCUGUGUCCCAACCUUAACCAAGCUGGGUUUUUCAAACUUGGGUCCCCAGCUGUUUUUGGACUAUAGCUCCCAUUGUUCUUGACCACUGGUCCUGCUAGCUAGGGAUGAUGGGAGUUGUAGUCCAGAAACAGCUGGGGACACGGGUUUGGGAAGCCCUGAUCUAAGGGCUAGUUCAUACAAACAGCAUUUGUGGUGGGAAUCUGUUUUUGGACUGGCUGUUUGAGACUCACACUGUUCACUGUGCGUGGGGGGGACACACCUCACAAUCUCCUCUAUGUAGAAAAAAACUAAUGUCAAUGAGAAGCUGAGGUUAGCUAUGGGGUAGGGGAAUCUGUAACCCUCCGGAUGUACCCUUCCAUCAUCCCUGACCCCUAGAGGCUGAUGAGAGUUGAAAUUUGAUAAUACCUGGCAGGCCACAAGUUCUCCAUCUCUUGGCUAGAACUGCUAGCUUUCUACAUGCAGGGAAUCUUUUUAAACUUGGUUCAGGAUUUUGCCAUGUGACCCUCCACCUGCGGCUGAAGUAUUGAGGAAGAGUUAGGUGUGUACAUUGUAAAGCUGAUUUAUUUAAAAUUUCAUAUAUUUUCCAGUCUUUAUACCAUCCCACCAUGAAACUCUAUACCUCUGUUUUCUGAACCUUAAUAAUCAUUUUCCAAUAUUGUUGUGGUGCAAAAACAUGACAUGAGACACAGAUAUCCAUUAUUUUUUUUCAAGAGGUGCUCUCAAAAUCACCCAACAAAUCAAGGGUCACUUCUGUGUCCAUAGAUGUCUUCAGUGAUUAUUGGUGGUUCCGUUUAUUUAUUUCUACGUGCCCCUUAACACCAUCGUUUCUAAGCUGUGCGCUGUGGUGUUACUAAAGAGAAACUUAAAAUUAACCAGAAAGGCUUGAAACAUCUGCUGAAAAUUAAAAAGUCUCCACCGGGCACCUGUCUGAACUCAGCCUGAAGGCACUUCCAUAAAAUUGGAACUUUAAUGGUGCAUCAGACAUGCAUCAGUCUGUGUUUUUCUUUCUUAAAAAAAUAGUGCAAUCUUCUGGUGUAAGCUUUAAUUUGAUGGUGGUUUUUUGGGAGCCCCGUCAUGCAAAUUCAAGAGCAUUCAUUUUGAUUCCAGCGGCUCUGACUUUGACCCAGACCUGAAGCAGUGUAGAUGGGGCUGGGGAAUGUAGGAGAAAAGUACAGUGGUGCCCCGCAAGACGAAUGCCUCGCAAGACGGAAAAACCGCUAGACGAAAGGGUUUUCCGUUUUGGAGUUGCUUCGCAGGACGAAUUCCCCUAUGGGCUUGCUUCGCAAGACGAAAAUGUCUUGCGAGUCUUGAGAUUUUUUUUCCGCUUUCCUACCUUUAUCUAAGCUGCUAAGCCUUUAAUCAGCCUUUCUAGCAGCUAAUCCGCUAAGCUCGAUAAGCCUUUAAUCAGCCGCUUAAACCGCUAAUCAGCGCUAACUCCAGUUAAGCCGCUAAUAGGGUUGCUUCGCAAGACGAAAAAACUGCUAGACAAAGACACUCGCGGAACGGAUUAAUUUCGUCUUGCGAGGCACCACUGUACCUAGAGAACCUCAGCGUUCUGAAUAUGCCCAUGGGUCCCAAAAGGUUGAUGGCCUCUGCUGAUAGACUCGUGGUUCGAGUGUCACGCUUUGGCAGCUGUCGGUUGGAGAAGGAGGUGGAUCUGGUCAGACUAAACAAAAAGCUGUCAGGUGCUUGCAGGGGCCAUCUCUUCGGGGCUUUGUCGGGCUAAUCCAUGACGUACGCUCCUUGACCCAAAUCACAGCCAUGUUCAAUGGGCAGCUACUGUUUGACAGACCGAUGCAUGUGAAGAUGGUAAGUAGAACAAUAAUAAUGUUUAUAUGCCGUGCAUAUAAUGUAUCUGCCCCAAACACACUGGGCAGCUUCCAGCUAGGGCUGGGUGAUACUGGCUUUCAACAUUGCAAUAUUUCACCAGCUAAGCAUCGCAAUAUAUUGAUACAUAACGAUGUCUGAAAUAAGGAUGGAACUUGUUAGAGGCAUUGGCUUCACGCUGUUGUUGUUUUUUGUGCGACGUGAUUUGUGUUUAGCACGCACAUGCGCGCGCACCCCACGAUUCGCAGUAUAUUGCCAGAUCAAAAAUUGUGAAACCGAUAUCACGAUACGGACUUCACAAAUGGGUUUUGGACGAUGUGUGUCGCCCAGCUCUACAAUCCACCAAAAUAGAAAAACACCACAUUUUGCGCUCUAUAAGACGCACCAGACCCCAAGACGCACCUAGUUUUUGGAGGAGGAAAACAUGAAAAAAAAUAUUCUGAAUCUCAGAAGCCAGAACAGCAAGAGGGAUUGCUGCGCAGCGAAAGCAGCGAUCCCUCUUGCUGUUCUGGCUUCUGGCAUAGCUGCGCAGCCUGCAUUCGCUCCAUAAGACGCACACACAUUUCCUCUUACUUUUUAGAAGGGAAAAAGUGAGUCUUACAGAGCAAAAAAUAUGGUAUAUUUGGGGGGGGGGGUGACCGAAUUCCUAUGCUCCACAAAUAACCCAGAGAUCUAUUUUAAAUAAAAGGACACAUUCUAUUCACGUAAAAACACGCUGAUUACUGGACCGUCCGUGGGCCGGAUUUAGAAGGCGAUUGGGCUGGAUCCGGCCCCCGGGCCUUAGUUUGCCUACCCAUGCAUUAAAAGCUUCCCUAUGCAGGGCCGUCUUCAAAAGCCUGUUUAUGAUUUUCAUUUGGUGGGAGGGCGUCCCACAGUUGUGUGCAAAAUCGAAUGCUACAGCAGGCAUCUGCUGCGUUCGGCUUUGUAUUGAUCUUUGCAUCUGAUAUUUCAGGACGAGCGAGCCUUGCCGAAAGGGGACUUCUUCCCUCCGGAGCGGCCCCAGCAGCUUCCUCGUAAGUAUCUCCAGAAAAGGUUGCACAAGAAAUGGCUGUGUUACUCCACAUGGGAAGUAGCUUGCACACCUGCCCUGUGGAACAGUGUGUUCUUGUCAUCGGGGAGAUUUGCUUGCUCUCCUGCUAUUUUCCAUUGUAAAAAGUUAAAUUCUCAUGGUCAGUGGGCUAUGCUUUCUGGGCACUUUAAAAUUAGUAUGCGACAUUGGUUGUCAACCAGUGUGCUGUGGCACCCUGUGGAGACUUGAGGUAUGGUCAGGGGAGCCCUGGGGGGCUGUCCUUUAAUUAACUUUCAGACUGUAUCUUCCUGCAUCUCUCUCUUUUUGCCCCCCACGACUCUUUUCCUUGAGUCUUCCUCCUCCUUGCUGCCUCCCAGUCAUGUUCCAGAUUCCUAAUCUCUCCCCUCCAUUUCUGGCACGGUGUACAUAGGAGCUUCUGCCAAGAGCUCAGCGAAAACCCCACUUACGCAUAUCCUGCAAUGGCUUAAAACUGACUUAAAAUGUGGAAAAACGAAUAAAAAACCAACUAAAGCUAUGUUGUUUAGUUGUCUUAGUCGUGUUCAACUCUCCAUGACCCCAUGAACCAGAGCAUGCCUUGGAAACUCUCACUUCUCAAAGCUGCUCCUUUUUUAUGUCCAUGGAGUUUCUUGGCAAAAUACUGGAGUGGUUUGCCAGUUCCUUCUCCAGGUGGAUCACGUCUAGUCUAAACUCACGGCUAUGACCUGUCCAUCUUGGGUGGCCCUGCAUGGCAUAGCUCAUAGCUUCUCUGAGUUACCGUAUUUUUUGCUCUAUAAGACUCACUUUUUCCCUCCUAAAAAGUAAGGGGAAAUGUGUGCGCGUCUUAUGGAGUGAAUGCAGGCUGCGCAGCUAUCCCAGAAGCCAGAACAGCAAGAGGGAUUGCUGCUUUCACUGCCCAGCGAUCCCUCUUGCUGUUCUGGCUUCUGAGAUUCAGAAUAUUUUUUGUCUUGUUUUCCUCCUCCAAAAACUAGGUGCGCCUUGUGGUCUGGUGCGUCUUAUAGAGCGAAAAAUACGGUAUUCAAGCCCCUUCACCACGACAAGGCAGUGAUCCAUGAAGGGGAACUAAAGCUAUAUAUACGUAUAAAAACUGUUUAAAACACACCAAUAGUUAACAAGAAAAACAGCACAGCACCAGCCGCUUCAUUUAAAGCGGUCAGUUACCAAAGCCCAUUGGAACGAGGUUUCCAUUUGCCAACGGAAGGGCAACAAGGAGGGAGCUAGCGUGGCUCCUCAUUCCAGGCAGGGGGUGAAUGCAGACUGAUACUGAUGGCUGGUUUUUGAACCUCUCUUCUUUUGCAGAUGGACUCGGAGGCAUUGGCAUGGGAUUGGGGCCAGGAGGAAUACCUAUUGAUGCAAACCAUUUGAACAAGGGUUUGGGUAUGGGGAACCUGGGACCCGGAGGUGAGCGAGGAACUGGGGCCGGGCUCUUUCCUUUGCAGUUCUCCCCUAGCGUUCUCUCAUGAUUUCUGUGCUUUGUCUAUCCCGGUGUCUGAAACAAGGAUGGAUCUGGUUUUCAAACUUUGUCAGCUAAACAUCGCGAUACACCGAUACAUCACAAUGUCUGCAAUAACGAGGGAGCUGUGUAGAGCCAUUGGCUGGCUUCACGGUUUCUCCCACGUUGUGAUUUUUGCAUCACACACGCAUCAUGUUUCGUGGUCUAUUGCCAGGUCAAAGAUUAUGAAAACGAUAUCACAAUAUGGGCUUCAAACUGGUUUUGGACGAUAAUCCAGCAGCGUCUGAAGAGCCCCCUAUUUGGCUAAAUCUGCUCUAAUAAUAAUUAUUCUUCUUCUUCUUAUUAUUAUUUUAUUUAUACUCCGCCCAUCCGGCUGGGUUUCCCCAGCCACUCUGGGCGGCUUCCAACAGAAUAUUAAAAUACAAUAGUCUAUUAAACAUUAAAAGCUUCCCUAAACAGGCUGCCUUCAGAUGUCUUCUAAAAGUCUGGUAGUUGUUUUUCUCUUUGACAUCUGGUGGAAGAAGAUUGGAAGAAAUUUAAAGAUUAUCUACAGAAACAUUGCAAAAUUAAUGAAUGUUAGAGUGAUGUUGGAUUGAAGUUAAGUGGCUUCUAGCUGAACAGGUUUUAAAGCUAUAAAUAUAUCAAGAUUAAGGAUUAGUACCAAAAAGACUAAGAGAAAUGGAAAAAUUGGUUCAAAUAGGUAAAAAUCUAAUGUCAUAAUAUAUUAAGAUUUAGGACUGGAAUUAAAAAGGAGGGAAAGAAAUUGCUGGGCUUACAAACUGAAUUGGAAUACAAAAGAGGGAGGUAUGAGGAAGUCCGGGAAACAAGUAAAUCUAAAAGAGGUUAUGAAAGGACGGAACUAUUUUUAACUGUUUUUUUUUUCUUUUUUCUAUUUUGUAUGGUGCAUUUUUCUUUGUUUUUGUUAAAAUUUUCUUGUUCAUUAAUGUGAUUCUAUUAUUUCUGAAACUUUAAUAAAUAUUAAUUAAAAAAAAAAAGGAAAUGAUUUUGAUUUCCUUCACACGGCACUUAGAUAAUCCACGCCCAUGGGAGUGGCAAUAGCCCUUCCCUUUAAAAGGGAAGGGAGACCCAACGCAUUGUGGAGAACAGUUAUCUGUGACUGCUUGGCCUGAUGACUGUAUGCAGCCUGCCGGAGCAAGAGGCAGUCUGCCUCUGAAUCCCAGCCACUGAUAACGCUAAUAACAAAAAAAUUAUUAUUUUGACCCCCGCUCAUCUGACUGGGUUGCCCCAGCGACUGUUAAUCCUCAUGUCCUCUUUCCAAGAAUAAUCAGUGAGAAAUGGGAUGCUAGACUAGGGAAGAAGGCUUUUGGCCUAUAUCUCCAAUCUCCAGUGAAAGGAUUGUGCAGCGGGGAAAGACUGUUCUCUGUGUCUGGAACCUUAGGAAGCUGCUGCCCGCCACGGCAGACAAUGCGAGCUCAGGUGGAUCAGUCCUCGAAAUCUUAACGCUGUCAUAGGUUCUAAUUUAAUUCUGUGUCCAGGGCGGCUGUCUACCAGCUCCACCUGGUACGCAGGCUGAGACCCUCCCUGCCCGCAGACUGUCUGGCCAGAGUGGUGCAUGCUCUAGUUAUCUCCCGCUUGGACUACUGCAAUGCGCUCUACGUGGGGCUACCUUUGAAGGUGACCCAGAAACUGCAAUUAAUCCAGAAUGCAGCAGCUAGACUGGGGACUGGGAGUGGCCGCCGGGACCACAUAACACUGGUCUUGAAAGAUCUACACUGGCUCCCAGUACAUUUCCGAGCACAAUUCAAAGUGUUGGUGCUGACCUUGAAAGCCCUCAACAGCCUCGGUCCUGUAUACCUGAAGGAGUGUCUCCACCCCGGACACGGGGGUCCAUCUCCCGAGGGCCUUCUGGCGGUUCCCUCCCUGCGAGAAGUGAGGUUCCAGGGAACCAGACAGAGGGCCUUCUUGGUAGUGGCGCCCACCUUGUGGAACACCCUCCCUUCAGAUGUGAAGGAAAUAAGCAGCUGUCCUAUCUUCAAAAGACAUCUGAAGGGAGCCCUGAAGGGAGAUGGGCGGGGUAUAUAUAAUAAAUUAUUAUUAUUAUAAUUUCCACUCGUCUUGUCUGUUCUCUUUUAGGAAUGGGCAUAGAAGGCUUGGGCUUUGGAAUGAACAAAAUGGGAGGUAAGUAGGGGAACGGGCUGGAACUGGUGUAGGGUGGCAGGAUUGCAGUGGGGUCCUGGUGAUACUUAACGCGACCCUCACCUCAAGGCGGGUUCCUCUACCGUGCAUAUUCCCAGGCCGUCUCUGCAACACUUUUAUUUAAUGUGUUCAUACGCUGCAUUUCCAGAGUAGGUCAAACAGUAGUUGGCUUGACCUGAUGGAAAGCUCAAAAGUCCCAAGCCUUAGGUAAAGGUACCCCUGACCAUUAGGUCCAGUCGUGACCGACUUUGGGGUUGCGGCGCUCAUCUCGCUUUAUUGGCCGAGGGAGCUGGCGUACAGCUUCCAGGUCAUGUGGCCAGCAUGACUAAGCUGCUUCCGGCGAACUACAGCAGCGCACGGAAAUGCCGUUUACCUUCCUGUCAGAGCGGUACCUAUUUAUCUACUUGCACUUUGACGUGCUUUCGAACUGCUAGGUUGGCAGGAGCAGGGACUGAGCAACAGGAGCUCACCCUGUCGCGGGGAUUCGAACCGCUGACCUUCUGAUCGGCAAGUCCUAGGCUCUGUGGUUUAACCCACAGCGCCACCCGCGUCCCAAGCCUUACAUACCGCUAAUAUCUGAAAAUAAAGGAGCCAUUGGAGCUCUUGAAAUCUGAGCCUGGUGCCCUCUCAAAUCCCACAGAUGGGUUAGCUGGCGAGGCAUGAGGGUUUGGGAACUUGCUCAUUGUUUCUUUUAUUGUUGUUAUUCAGGGAUGGAAGGGCCUUUCAGCGGAAUGGAGAACCUGGGUCGUUUCCCUUCUGGGAUGAACCUGGGCAGGAUGAGCGGUGAGACAAACGAUUGCUAAUCUUCAUAAACUGCUUUGCGCUUAAUAGGGCUUGGGAAGGAGAAUGGUGCUGAAACCCACAAGAUUUUCAGAGUAUCGAUUCUGAGGUUCUUUAAACCUUUGAUUCUGAUCGUCUCUCCUUCACCUAGUCUUGACAGGGAUAUGAGGGACCUUUUGGGGGCGGUCCUCCAAAUACUCAUGGGCUGCGACUCGUGUUAUUCCUGGACAUUGAGUUUCUGCACUCCAGCGGGUGCAGAAUGCCGCGGCGAGACUCCUUACGAGGUCCUCGCUGCGAGAUCACAUUCACCCGGUGCUAUACCAGCUGCACUGGCUCCCGGUGGAGUGCAGGAUCAGGUUUAAGGUCCUGGUUUUAACCUUUAAAGCCCUAUACGGCCUAGGACCCUCGUACCUACGGGACCGCUUCUCCUGGUAUGUCCCACAGAGGAACUUACGGUCUUCAAACAAAAACAUCUUGGAGGUCCCAGGCCACAGGGAGGUUAUGCUGGCCUCAACCAGAGCCAGGGCUUUUUUGGCUGUGGCUCCAAUCUGGUGGAACGCUCUGUCCCAAGAGACUAGGGCCCUGUAGGACUUGACAUCUUUCCGCAGGGCCUGCAAGACAGAGCUGUUCCACCAGGCCUUUGGCCAGGGCACAGCCUGACUCCCUCCUUUGGCAAUCCUCACAGAACUCUAGCCCAAUGGUUGCCAUUAAUCUGAUUGGAUUUAAUUUUAUAAUGAAAUGAUUUUAGAAUGUUUUAUCAUUUACUGUUGUUAGCCGCUCUGAGCCCGGCUUCAGCUGGAGAAGGUGGGAUAUAAAUAAAAUUUAUUAUUUAUUAUUGACUGGGGCGGAUAGGUGGUCCAGCUGUAUUCUUUUGAAUGCCAGAUGACAACAGAGGAGAGCUCUUGCUUGAGAAAGGCCCUUGGAAGCUUGACUCUGGCCGUGGUAGAUUUUGAAUUCCAUGUAGCAGGCCUAUUUUGUUGGGUGCUUUUAUUACUAUUUAUUAAAAAGUAAUUAAAUCUGUAUGCUGCCCUUCAUCCGAAGACCACAGGAUAGUUUAUGCAACAUACAAAAGGAGAACACGAAAUACCGUAUUUUUUGCUCUAUAAGACUCACUUUUUCCCUCCUAAAAAGUAAGGGGAAAUGUGUGUGCGUCUUAUGGAGCGAAUGCAGGCUGCACAGCUAUCCCAGAAGCCAGAACAGCAAGAGGGAUUGCUGCUUUCGCUGCGCAGUGAUCCCUCUUGCUGUUCUGGCUUCUGAGAUUCAGAAUAUUUUUUUUCUUGUUUUCCUCCUCCAAAAACUAAGUGCGUCUUAUGGUUUGGUGCGUCUUACAGAGCGACAAAUACGGUACAUAACAAACAAACAAAAAAGAGGAGCAAACUAUUAACGCCUCUCCUUACAGACUACUUAUCGUGUGCUUAUUCAUCACUUCCUGCAAAAGAAAAAAGUGUUGGUGCGACUUACAGCUGUGUAAAAACACAAUAAUAAAAUCUGCCACAAAUGCAUCAUUUAAAAGCAAUGCAACUGACAAAAGUGUUCAUCCACAAUAAAUGCAAAAAAAUACCCUCCCCCCACAUAUGCCCGAACAUAGAAAUGGUAGCAAAUUUCCACCUACCUGGCACAAAACGAUAAAUUGGGUCCCAAAGCUUGAGAGAAAUGCCUUUGCAGGGUGCCAAAACGAUGAGUGUUGGUACCAGGCAAGUUGUCCCUGGGCUCAUUUUUGGGGAUGGGUCGUAGCUUGGAAGAAUCAUAGAAUUGUUGAGUUGGAAGGGAUCACAAGGGUCAUCUCGUCCAACCCCCUGCAGUGCAGGAGUCUUUAACCCAAUGUGGGGCUCGAACCCACAACGUUGAGAUCAAGAGACUCAUGCUCUACCGACUUGAGUUCCAGGAUUCAAGAGCGCUCCCUUUGCAUGAUGUUGUAAACAAAAAUUGCCCUUUUCCCUUAUGGGGUAUCCAAGAGCCCAUAUAGAGUCCUUACAUAGGUUCCCUAUUGGUAGGAGAAAAUAACAGAGGCCAACCAGAGAAUAUUGAGAAGCAAAGCAGCUAGUAAGCUUGAUCUUUAUUGAUCUGUUGCAACAGGGUGCUCCCCUCACACACAGGAGAGAGGAGGAACCCAGAAAAAUAAUGUGCAAGGCCUUAUAAAGACUUUUGAAAUUGCCACCCUGUAGAUCAAGACCACCCCCAGAAACAUCAUACCUACAUCACAGAAAAGGCGGUCUAAAACAGAAAUUUAAAUGUUGUUUUUCUCCUGUCCUUGUUUAUCUCCUGUCUGGCAGGUUACUUGAUUGGAUUGCCUGGGGAGCCUGGCCAGUCUUUUGUAGUGAUAAAUACUUAGUUCGUGGGCCAGGUCACAGGCUCACACCCUGUUCAAACACAGACAUACCCUUAAGACAGGAUUUGUGAAGGAAAAGACAAUGGGGAGGCUUUUCCACUUUGACCUUGCAGAGAAAACAUUUGCUCAGUUUAGGAAUCAAAAUGGCUUCAGGUCGGUCUUCCUGUGCUGAUCUAUGUACGUGCGGUUAUGAACAUUACCAUAUAUCUAAGACCUCAAAAUUCCUAUCACAAUGGCGAUAACAAUCCCUACUGCCUCUAGUAAGGGAUGAAAAUGUCCUUUGCCAGAAGCUCUGGGAAACCACUGCCAGUCAGUAUAGACUGGGAAGCCGCAUUUUCUUUGCCUCUGUGUUUUCCGCUCUCCUGGCAGAGGACUAAAAUCUGCUCUUUGUUCCCAGAAAUGGACCGUGCGAUUGGAGGCGGGUUUGAAAGAGACUUCCCGAGGAACGAAAUGGGGAUGCCUCGUGGCUUUGGGGACACCCUGGACAGGGGGCUAGGUAAGUUUGGUCCACUCUGUGUCUUCCCAGCUGUGACAAACCCUUCUUAGGCUUGGAUCUUGUGUGUGUUCGGCAAAGCAGCCACUGCCAUCUCCCCCCUCUAUUUUGAAAAGGGCGUUUUCUGGUUGUUGUCUUUACUCGCCUGACAACCAAAGAGAGAGGAGAUGGCGAUUACGAUAACCAGGUCAGUUCCCUGCCCAGCCACCCUCCACAGUGCACACCCCACCAUAUUCUGAAGUUUCGUUCAAAAAUGUGAGCUUGCGAUAGAGCACACCAGUGUGUGGAGCAAGUCAGAGACUGGCAGAGAAAUGGAGCUGCAGAGUCCUUUAUGCUGGGGAUAAUUCAGACAGAAAUCCCCAGGUGUCAAAAAAGGGGAUUUGUGUAUGCCACUACUGUGGCUCGUGUUUUGUUAGCCCAAAAACGGAAAAUGAGUGAGGUCCCAACUAAAGAAGAAUGGCAACUUAAACUGAUGGAAUAUGCUCAGCUUGUGGACCUAACAUAUAGAAUAAGAGAACAAGAAAAACAUGUUUAAAGAAGAUUGGAAAAUGUUUAUUGAAUAAAGGUAAAGGGACCCCUGACCAUUAGGUCCAGUCGUAGACGACUCUGGUGUUGCGGCGCUCAUCUCGCUUUAUUGGCCGAGGGAGCCGGCGUACAGCUUCCAGGUCAUGUGGCCAGCAGGACUAAGCCGCUACUGGCGAACCAGAGCAGCACACGAAAACGCCGUUUACCUUCCCGCUGGAGUGGUACCUAUUUAUCUACUUGCACUUUGAUGUGCUUUCAAACUGCUAAGUUGGCAGGAGCAGGGACCGAGCAAUGGGAGCUCACCCUGUCGCGGGGAUUCAAACCACCAACCUUCUGAUCGGCAAGUCCUAGGCUCUGUGGUUUAACCCACAGCGCCACCCACGUCCCUGUUUAUUGAAUACAUGGGGGGAAAUUGUGUACACUUGAUAAUAGAAGGGAAGUCAUUGAUAUCUUUAAGGUUGAAUAUUCUAAAUUGUAAAACAGAAAAUUUUAAGAAUGGGGCUGCGGGCCUGGAAGGAGGCAAACCUCAGAGUCCGUAAUCUGCUGGGAGAAGCGGCUGUGGGUGAACCUGUUAAUGCAAUUAACGCCAAUGUUUAAAAUACACUAAUUGUGCUUGGGUCUGUCUCUUGAGUUGCCCCUUUCUAGAGGGCUUGUUCCUGCCUUUCCCUUGCUGAAGUGUCUCCUCUCCUCUUUCUCUUUCACAGGUGGCGGCGGAGGCGGGGCCAGCAUCCCCACCAUCGACCGCAUGGCCCCCGGCCUCGACCGCAUGGCCACGGGCAUUGAUCGGCUCCCCUCGGGCAUGGGGCAUGGCAUAGAAAGAGUGGGCUCCGAGAUGGACAGGAUGGGGCUGGUGCUGGACCGUAUGGGCUCCGGCGUGGACAGGAUGGGCUCCGGCAUUGACCGGAUGGCUCCCCUCGGGAUAGACCACUUGGCGUCCAACAUGGACCGCAUGGGCUCUGGGAUAGACCGAAUGGGGACAGGGAUGGAGAGGAUGGGCACAGGGCUAGGGUUCGGCAUUGACCGCAUGGGCUCCGCCAUGGACCGCGUCGGCACAACCAUGGACCGCAUGGGCGCCGGCGUGGACCGCAUGAGCUCCGGCAUAGAAAGGAUGGGCCUGGGCAUGGACCGCAUGGUCCCUGCGGGGAUGGGGCCCGCAGGGAUGGGCCCCGUGAUGGACAGGAUGCCCGCGGGGCUGGACCGCCUUGGGGCGGCCUCCAUCGACAGGAUAGGACUGGACCGCAUCGCGGCCAGCAACAUGGACAGGAUGGGGCUCGACCGCAUGGGGGCUGCCGCCACCAACAUGGACAGGAUGGGGCCCGCCAUGGGGCAGGGCAUGGGGGCAGGGCUAGACAGGAUGGGGCUCGCCAUGGGGAGCACCUUCGAGAGGACGAUGGAGAUGGACAGGGGGAACUUUGCCGCCGGAAGCUUCGCCGGCGCCCUCGGGACCGGAGGACCUGCUGCUGCCGCCGGUGUAGCCAGGAAGGCUUGCCAGAUUUUUGUGAGAAAUGUGAGUGGGGGCAUGAUGGCGAGCCGCUGUGUUGAGCUUUGGGUUGGUGCUGGGAGGUUUUCACAGGCUCAAACCUCAAUAGGUUGUGUUGCUGGAUGUAGCGCAGGUCUUGGGCGGAAAGUUUCUGCAUCGUGGUAGGAAAGGAUUUUGAGUUUCCUAGCAAGGGGGAGGUGCCUGACUUCUGGUGGGUGGUGGUGCUUCCUCCCCCCGGUGGGGGGUGGGGUGGGGGCCCUGUGAUGAUGAUGAUAAUGAUAAUGAUAAUGAUAAUAAUAAUUUUAUUAUUUAUACCCCGCCCAUCUGGCUGGGCUUCCCCAGCCACUCUGGGCGGCUUCCAAAAAUAUAUUAAAAUACUGCAAUACAUCAAACACUGAAAGCUUCCCUAAACAGGGCUGCCUUCAGAUGUCUUCUAAAUGAUGAUGAUUCUGACUACUUUUUUCUCUCUCGCUUCCUAGCUUCCUUUUGAUUUCACGUGGAAAAUGCUGAAAGACAAGUUCAAUGAGUGUGGUGAGUAGCUCAGUUCAGGAGCGACCCGGAAAUUCCCAAAGGACACGGGAGAGCUAUGUGUAUUCUCCUGCGGGGGUGGGGAGGAUCGUUUUGUAGGCUGGGUUGUCCUUCCCAUGUUGCUCUAUUAGGCAGGAUUAGAUCGGGCAUGCCCCUCUCCCAAGUGGGGAGGGAGACCCCUCCAGUUCCCAGUUCCUUCCUUCUGAGUUCCCAGAGCAGGCUGUGUGGCAGAUGCAUUGUCCUCUGAGAAGAGACCGUUUGUGGAUUUUGAACUGACUAAAUCGGGAGAAGCAUCCAGUCAGCCGGGAGAUGGACAGUCCUCUUCCUUUUGGCUGGCUCUUCUGAUGGAGCAGGUGGGAAAGAUGCAGUGGUCAGGCUUAACCCCGUAGCGAUGCCUGUUCUCUUGUUGGGAGAAGGCACUCGGGGGCCAGGAGGGGCUUUCUGGGGCCAGGAUUGUUGCCUGACGCCCCUGAGUGAGGGUAAAUCUCCUUACUACCAUAUGAUACAGCCUUGAUUGGGCCAGAGGGAUUUGCCACUUCCUUCCCCCAUCAUUGAAGGCUUGGUGCUCUCAUUUCAAGGGGGUGAAGGGUUAGACCACGGGUCAGCAAACUUUUUCAGCAGGGGGCCGGUCCACUGUCCCUCACACCUUGUGGGGGGCCGGACUAUUUUUUUUUGGGGGGGGGGGGGAAAUGAACGAAUUCCUAUGCCCCACAAAUAACCCAGAGAUGCAUUUUAAAUAAAAGCACACAUUCUACUCAGGUAAAAACACCAGGCAGCCCCCACAAAUAACCCAGAGAUGCAUUUUAAAUAAAAAGACACAUUCCAUUCAUGUAAAAACAUGCUGAUUCCCGGACUGUCUGCGGGCCGGAUAGAGAAGGCAAUUGGGCUGGAUCCGGCCCCCGGGCCUUAGUUUGCCUACCCAUGGGUUAGACUUUUGCUGAAAACUUCACUCUUCAUGGGGGUUGCUGAUUUAAGUUUGUCCGCAUAGGAAGCUGCCUUGCACAGGGUCCACCCUGGGUCUCCAGCUGUCAUUGGGACUACAACACCCCUGAUCCGUAGCUAGCAGAAUCCGUGGUCGGGGCUGUUGGGAAUUGCAGUUCAGAAACAGCUGGAGACCCAAGUUUGGGAAACCCCGGUCUACACCGACUGGCAGUGGCUCUCUGGGGUUUGGAGUCAUGAAGUCUUUCUGAGCCCUACCUGGAGAUCAGACCUGAGACAUUAGAUGCUAUGACACUGAGCUUCAGGUUUGCAGUAGUACGGCUUGAGCCUUUGAGGAAAUCAUUUGGGUACCACUAAUAAAAGGCAGAAGGGACGCGGGUGGCGCUGUGGGUUAAACCACAGAGCCUCUUGGACUUGCUGAUCAGAAGGUUGGCGGUUCGAAUCCUCGCGACGGGGUGAGCUCCCGUUGCUCAGUCCCUGCUCCUGCCAACCUAGCAGUUUGAAAGCACAUCAAAGUGCAAGUAGAUAAAUAGGUACUGCUCUUGCGGGAAGGUAAACGGCGUUUCCUUGCACUGCUCUGGUUCUCCAGAAGUGGCUUAGUCCUGCUGGCCACAUGAACCAGAAGCUGUACGCCGGCUCCCUCGGCCAAUAAAGCAAGAUGAGCGCCGCUACCCCAGAGUCGGCCACGACUGGACUUAAUGGUCAGGAGCCCCUGUACCUUUACCUAAUAAAAGACAGAGUGGCCUACGUGCCAGCAUCUCUCUGCUGCUCCAGACUUCCAGUCCAACUCUCAGACUUGAAACCAAGGCGUUCCUACGAGAGCCGGUAUCAAAAUAACAUGGUGCAGAAAUGGAUAAGGCGGACCUAUAACUGAUAAGGAAUGCAGUUUGGGCAAGGAGGACAGACCUGGGCUAAAGCGAGUCUUCUUCUCCCACAGGCCACGUCAUGUACGCAGACAUCAAAAUGGAGAACGGCAAGUCCAAAGGGUGCGGCGUGGUCCGAUUUGAGUCCCCGGAAGUUGCCGAAAGAGCCUGCCGUAUGAUGAACGGGAUCCAGCUUCGCGGCAGGGAGAUAGACGUGCGGAUUGACAGGAAUGCCUAA